AUGGCUGAUGUGGUUCUGGUCCCCGCUGUUGAUCAGGCUCUGAUGUACAGAUGGGAUCUAGACUUCGUGCCUGAUGUCAAGCGGGUCUGUCUCGCUCUCAAGGAAUCGGAGCCUUUCAAGGCUGCGGAUUGGCGGAAUCAAGGGGAUACACCGACGAAAUUUCGUAUCCGUGACUGUUAG